AUGAAGCAUGUCAAAGCCCUCAUUUUUGAUUUCGGAAAUGUCCUGUGCACAUGGAUCCUACCCAAUGAUGGCACAAUUCCCCCGACAAAGCUGAAGCAAAUCAUGUCCUCAGAUAUAUGGUUUGAUUACGAGCGAGGUCGGUACACGACGGCCGAAGACUGCUACUCGAACCUUGAAGACCGUUUCGCUAUCCGGUCUAAAGAACUUGAUUUAGUCUUGGAGAAAGCGCGCAAGAGCCUGAAAAUACAGUCUGCAACACUGGAGUUUCUUACAAAACUCAAGACAGAGCACCCACAUUUGAGGGUCUAUGGCUUGACAAAUACUCCGCUCCCCGAGCAGGACUCCGUGUACUCGGUCGCUUCGCGGUGGCCUGUUUUCGAUCAUAUAUAUAUCUCUGGUAAUCUGGGCAUGAGGAAGCCAGAUAUUUCCUGCUACAAGGCUGUCUUACAAGAUAUUGGUCUUCCGGCAGAAGCUGUGGUCUUUAUCGACGACUUGGCAGAGAAUAUCCUGAGUGCACAGUCUAUUGGUAUUCAUAGCAUUCUAUUUGAGAACCACGAACAGCUCGCUCGUCAGCUUGAAAACGUGCUGGGAGACCCUGUGAAAAGAGGCACCGAUUUUCUCAUCGCGAACGCGAAACGAAUGGACAGUGUCACCGAGAGUGGAAUUACUAUUCACGAAAACUUCGCCCAACUGCUCAUCCUGGAUGUGAUUGGGAACCGGGAACUAGUACGACUGGAAACCUGGGAUAGGACUUGGAAUUAUUUCAUCGGCAAGCCUUGUGAUCGACUCAUCUGUCCUUCCGAGCUGACGACAGGAGACUUCCCAAACGAUCUUGACACCACCUCUAUUGCUCUUUCGAUCAUCCCGACGGAGAAGAGUGUCUUGUGGUCCGUAAUGGAUGAAAUGCUCACAUUCACCAACGAAGAUGGAAUUUUCAUGACCUACUUCGACCACUCGAGGCCCCGUGUUGAUCCAGUAGUCUGUGUGAAUAUUCUCUACCUCUUCUGCCAGCACGGUCGGGAGAUAGAAGCCGCACGAACCUUCGAAUGGGUGUUGGAUGUUCUACGAAAUCGAGCCUACCAGGCAGGCAGUCGCUAUUACCCUUCGCCAGACGUGUUUUUGUAUUUCCUCACACGCUUAAGCCGCGUUGUCCGUGAUGGAAGCCGACGAGAGGAGCUCCUAUCACUUUUACAGCCGCGUGUCACUGAACGAAUCGGUACCGAUGGGAGCGUUGUGUCACUGAGCACUAGGAUCCUUGCGUGUUGCUCAAUGGGGAUUGUCAAUCACUGUGACGUGCCUAAGCUGUUGGCUCUUCAAAGCCGAGAUGGUGGCUGGCCAGUUGACUGGAUCUACAAAUUGGGCAGCUCUGGGCUUAAGGUUGGGAAUCGGGGAUUAAACACUGCUCUGGCAACCAAAGCCAUUGAGGCUAGCGGUGCCUAUGUUGACCCUACCUUGACUGAGUCACGGGCAUGGUGGCAGUUUGUGGACUGGCAGGGCUGUGAUAACAUGUUACCAUUCUUAAAAAGGAAGGAAUUUGUCAUUCAUUGA